AUGAUGGUGGUGAUUCUGAUCAUGUUCAUGAUUGUGAUGAUGAAGACAGCGUCACCUUGCCCGAAAAUUGAACAAGAUCUUUUUGGGGUCUUAAAGAUUCCAUCAAAUGUCUCGAGCAGCACCAAAUGCCUGUCUAUCAAGCAUAAUCAGAUCACAGCGAUCCCCAGGGGGGCCUUCCGCCGCCUGCAGAACCUCACGAGACUUUUCAUAUCAGGGAACCACAUGCUGGAGAAUAUCAGCGCGUUUGCCUUCGCCAGACUCCCCCUGCUAACUAUAAUCGAUAUCUCUGACAACGGUGCUUUGAGGAGUAUAGGGGCUUCUGCUUUUUCUGACCUCCCUGAACUCAAUACGAUAACCAUAAUGAAUGCAAUACACCUGAUCCACAUCCAUCCAGAUGCAUUCAAGAACAUCAUGAAACUAAAGCAUUUGACCAUCUCCAACACCGGGCUGAGAAUAUUUCCAAACUUCACCAAGAUCCACUCCACGGCCAAAGGCUUUCAGUUUGAAAUGGAAGAUAACAUCGACAUAAGGAAAGUCCCCAGCAAUGCCUUCAGAGGACUCUGCACUCAACGCAUCAGCAAGAUAAUGCUCCCCAGAAAUGGCAUCAAGGAGGUGGCAAGUGACGCCUUCAACGGCACAAAGAUUGGCAGAUUGUCCCUAAAAGGAAACAAACAGCUUACUCACAUCAAUGACAACGCCUUUGUAGUUUCCAGUGAGUUGGAAAUACUGGACAUUUCCAACACAGCCCUCAGAUCCCUGCCACACUACAUCCUCGGUGGACUUCGGGAGCUGAUCGCAGAGUCCGCACAUAAUCUGAAAAAGCUUCCUGAUGUUGAACUUUUCACCAAACUCCAACGCGCCAACCUGACGUACCCGUCUCACUGCUGUCCCUUCCAAAGGAUUCACAGAAACAGAUCGGGGAUUGAGGUCCUGUGCUCCGAUCCAAUCACCAGGGAAAACAUUUCUAAAUUCCUAAACCUCAACUGCCCCAACUUCACCCUCGUCACCUGCACCCCAACCCAAGAUGCCUUUAACCCCUGUGAGGACAUCAUGUCUGCUGUCCCCCUGCGGGCCCUCAUGUGGAUCAUCUCUGUGCUCGCGCUGGUGGGGAAUGCAGCCGUUCUUCUGGUUUUGUUAGGCAGCCGCUCCAAACUGACCGUUCCUCGUUUCCUCAUGUGCCAUUUGGCUUUCUCUGACCUCUGCAUGGGCAUCUACUUGAUCAUCAUAGCAACGGUAGACAUGCUGACUCGUGGCUUGUACUACAACAGCGCCAUAGACUGGCAGACGGGCCUGGGCUGCAGCGUUGCGGGCUUCUUCACGGUGUUUGCCAGUGAGCUGUCAGUGUUCACUUUAACAGCGAUCACUCUGGAGCGCUGGCACACAAUCACACACGCUCUGCGGCUGGACCGUAAACUUCGCCUGAGACACGCGUGUGUCGUCAUGACAGCAGGCUGGAUCUUCUCCUCUAUCGCUGCUCUGCUGCCCACAGUCGGGGUCAGCAGCUACGGCAAGGUGAGUAUCUGCCUGCCCAUGGAUGUGGAGUCUCCGAUGGCUCAGGUCUACGUGGUGUCUCUCCUCCUCUUCAACAUCCUGGCUUUCUUCUGUGUGUGUGGCUGUUACCUCAGCAUCUACCUGACCGUCCGCAACCCUUCGUCUGUGCACGCCCACGCCGACACUCGCGUGGCCAAACGCAUGGCCGUGCUCAUCUUCACAGACUUUGUCUGCAUGGCUCCCAUCUCCGUCUUUGCUGUGUCAGCCGCCCUCAAGCUCCCUCUCAUCACCGUGUCAGAUGCCAAACUGUUGCUGGUCCUCUUCUACCCCAUCAACUCCUGCUCCAACCCCUUUCUUUAUGCCUUCUUCACUCACACCUUCAGGCGGGAUUUCUUUCUUCUCACGGCUCGCUUUGGCCUGUUUAAAACCCGGGCGCAGAUUUACCGGACGGAGAGCUCCUCCUGUCAGUAG